GGGGAGGGACGCGGAGCCGCGAUUCCGGGCCGCACCGGAUCGCCGUGCCGUCCGUCGCCUCCCCGCAGAGCCGACCUCCCGGAGCGGGAGAGAGGGCCCCAUCUCCCGGCCGUCGCCCGGCGGCAAGAGUCGGGGAACGCUUCCGCUCGGUUCUCCUUUCUCGGCGGAGCGGCGGACGACGGCCGUGGCGGGGCCGCGGGGGGGCGGCCAUGGAGCGGCGCGAGCAGCCUGCGGUGCAGGUGCCGAGCCUGGACGGCGUGACGCGAGAGCGCUUCCUGCGGGACGUCUAUCCCCGGAGAGAGCCCGUUGUGCUGAAAGGAAUGGAGCUGGGCCCUUGCACAACCAAAUGGACAGUAGAUUACCUGAGCCAAGCCGCAGGAUCUAAGGAAGUCAAGAUCCAUGUUUCUGCAGUACCACAGAUGGAUUUCCUCAGUAAGAACUUUGUGUAUAGAACUCUGCCUUUUGAUGUAUUUGUACGAAGGGCAGCUGAAGUCAAACAUAAAGACUACUUUCUUUCGGAGGAUGAGAAGUACUAUUUGCGAUCAGUGGGUGAAGAUGUUAGGAAGGAUAUUGCAGAUAUCAGAAAACAGUUUCCUGUUUUGGCAGAAGAUGUUCAGAUUCCGGAGUAUUUUGAGAAGGAACAGUUUUUCUCUAGUGUCUUUCGCAUCAGCUCAGCAGGAUUACAGCUAUGGACCCAUUAUGAUGUAAUGGAUAACUUCUUAAUCCAAGUAACGGGUAGAAAACGAGUUGUUCUGUAUAGUCCUCGAGAUGUACCAUAUUUAUAUUUAUCAGGUACCAAAUCAGAGGUGCUAGAUGUUGAUAACCCAGACUUUGAGAAAUACCCACUUUUUGCAAAAGCCAAGCGCUAUCAGUGUUAUCUGGAAGCAGGAGAUGUGUUAUUUAUUCCAGCAAUGUGGUUUCACAAUGUAAUUUCUGAGGAAUUUGGAGUGGCACUGAAUGUCUUCUGGAAACACCUUCCUGCUGAGUGCUAUGAUAAGAGUGACACUUAUGGAAAUAAAGAUCCCACAGCAGCCUCUAGGGCUAUACAGAUCUUGGACAGGGCCUUGAAAACACUUGAAGAACUACCUGAAGAAUACAGGGAUUUCUAUGCUCGAAGAAUGGUGUUACGGAUCCAAGAAAAAGCCUAUAGGAAUGAUAAUGGAUAAAAUAACGCAUUGAGUCCAGACAUGGGAGAAUUAUCCUCAGAAGUACAAAAUUCAGGAUCAACAAGACCACCUGACGGGGGUGAGAUGGACAUCAGCAAAGGCAGAAAGAGGAAAGGUAAUCAACUUCUGAAAAAGUUCAAUGAUAUCUUGCAGAAUUUGAUUUUACCCACAUCUUUCCUGCUGUGUUUCGAUGGGAUACCAGAUUAGUCAAUUCAGUCUCUUUUUAAUGGACUUUCAGUUAUUUUGUUUAUUUGACAGAUACCUGCUUUGAGACCUUAGAACCAGAUCUCAAGAAACAGUGGACAUAUACCAUUCCACUGUUGCACUGAGCACAUACGAAAAAUAAGACCCUAGUAUAAUUUAAGAUAUACACUUAAAGUAAAUGGAUGGGUACGGUAUAAACUCAGUACAUCAACUUACAGUCUCUAAGACAGGAUAAAUAGCUUCACUCCACACAGAUAGCAAAGUAACUUUAGCUGAGGAAGGACAACGUUGUUAGAAGCACCAUAAGAGGGAGAGGGGAAAAAAAGUGACUUUUCUUUCUUUUAAUAGCUCAAAAAGACUCUUCUGGGAAAACUUAGGUGCAUGAUCAGAUGCAAUCACAUUUAUCCAUGAAUAUCCACAGUAAUAACGUCCUAACUCCUGAAGUGACUUUGCAAUAAUUUCUAUGACUAUUUAAAUACAUGUCACUUCUAUUAGUUAUCUCUGUAUCAGCAAUAAUGUGAAUUUAGCAAGCUAGAACAGCUUUCUAUAAAGUGCUAGUGCUAAGUCACAUAAGGAGGCAGAAAGAUGUUAUCACUGGGAGAACAAAAGAUUUCAGUAACAUUUUAAGACUUGGACCCUCAAUCACCUUUCAAAAUUUGGGUCCAAUUCAUUACAGAAGCACCUACAGAAAUGCAACUAAAUUAACCCUCGGUAGGAAAAAAGUUAGCUAAGUUUCUAGUAUUUAAGAUGCACUCAAAAUAGAAUCAUUUAUGUGAUGUGUGAUCUGGACAAUUUCACAGAACUGAGCACUGUCUUAAAGGGAUUUUUAAGAGCUGUGACUUAAAGCAUAUUAGGAUUCCUCAAAAUCUUUAGAAUGUCUUUCCUAUUGUCCAAGAAACAAACAAGUAACAUGAAGGAUACCAGCUAUUAUGUACCUGGUUGCACUAAGGACAGUGUAGCAUUCCUUACUCCACUCAAAAAUAUAAGUGUAAGCAAGCAUGAAAGUCACUCAACUUUAGGCAUUUACAUCUAGGCAUAUUGAAAAUCUGCCUUUACAGUUAACCUCAAGAAACACCCACAUACAAACUAUGACCCAUUUCAUCCUAACAUAGAAAUGUUCACAUCCUUGGGUACUUCACAGCAGCUUUCCUAUGUAUGCAAGUUUCCAGGAAGCUCUUUUAGAAUUAUGGAUGCCAACUAUGCUAAUACAAAGCCUGCUCUG